UAUGAGGACGGUUGGUGUGCCAGACCUGCUUUUACCAGGUUUGGUUCUUGUUGACAGUAUAAAUAUAUAUCUAUAUACAAUUUGGAGUUAGUGCCAUCAAAAGGACGUCAGCUAAGGGCCAAGCAGAAAAGCGGUACCUUGCCAUGGCCACUGCUCGUUUCCCCGGGAAGACUGUGGAUGUUGCUCGGGCUAACCUGACAGUCCCAGCUGUGGGCCGGCCUGUGUGUGUCAACGGGACGCCAUGGAUCCUCUACUUGCUGGAGGAGUGUGUGGAGAAUGUGUGGGAAUACUGCAGUGUUAUAAUUGGACUGGUAUCCAUGUUCUGUUUUCUGCUGUCCACUUUCCCGCAAGUCUACGAGGCCUAUAGGAAUGGUAAAGUUGAGGAGGCCAUGUCUUUUGGCUUUCUAAUCUUCCUCUUCAGUGGAGACCUGACCAGCUUUGCAGGCUGCUACCUCACCAGCCAGCUCCCCAUUCAGGUCGUCACAGUGGUGUUCUACAUCUUCACAGAUCUGAUCCUCAUCUCCCAGUUUGUCUACUAUAAGAUCAAGAACAGCUCUAGCAAAAAGAGUCCGAUGUUAAAGUGGCUGUGCUUCCUGUGGUGUGGCGCUGCUUCAUUAGUUCUUCUGGCUUUACCCAAACUCAUCAUAGACAGUAGUACAACUUUAGACGCCCAGGGUCCUUCUACCUCUCAAUCAGUGGAAAUCACUGGUUACAUAUGUGGAUACCUUGCCUCUGUUUUCUACCUCUGCUCCCGUUUCCCCCAGCUCUAUAAAAAUUUCCAGCGACAGUCCACGGAGGGCACCUCAUACCUGCUGUUUGCCCUGGCUAUGAUGGGCAAUGGGACAUACGGGCUGAGCGUCGUUGUGGUCCUUCCUGCACUAAGGGGCUCGAGGAGGUCCUUCAUUAUCAAACAUCUAGCCUGGCUCAUCAGCAGCCUGGGAGUCCUCGUACUCGACUUCUUUAUAACUGUCCAGUUUGUCAUGUACAAGAAGAACAGCUCUGCUAAAAGCAGCGAAGACCUCAGCAUCCCAGAGGUGGAGCCGUUACUGUGCGAGGAAGUGGAGCUGUCAGUGUUGGAGGACACAUCAUCAUUAUGGAGCACUUAGUCAAGACUGGACCCAUCGGUCUGCGGUUUGUUUUCAAUCCAAAUGUGGGUUCUUACUGAUUAUUGAUUUAACGCAGAGCUUGUUGAAGCUCUGCAGAGGGCUGCAGCUGGUUACUGCUGUUGGUUUGCUUUUGGACUCUAGUUUUCUGCUCUGUAAAGGGCAAACACAACAACCAAAAAAGCGCCAUGAAAAAAGAUCUGAAGGGAAUACCACAAAGCAAAUGUAAGACUUUCUUUGGGUAAGCAGGCAGACAAAGCCUACAAAUGUGAUCAGAGAUGACAGGUAUGAUGAACACUUCCACCAGGAGUCCUUUUUCUUCCCUUGUGAGCCAAAAAAGAAAGUACAAUCCCAGCUUUCUUUCCACAAAUGAAAGUGUCACAGAAGAAUGAAGUGCCUGUUUUAUUUUCUAUUUUUGGCAGGGCAAAAACCGCGAUGAAGAAUUGCAGUUUGAUUAUAAAACAAAUUUUUUGGGAUUUACAUGUUUUAUUUUUCUAACCUGAUUUGAUUUUGAGUGCCAUAAACAGCAGAGUUUAGACUUUUGCACACUG